AUGAGAAACCAUUCAGCAAUAACAAUGUUCAACCUACUGGGACUGACAAGUGACCCACAGCUAGAGAUUUUGGUUUUUCUAUUUCUGUUUAUAUCAUACACAUUAAGUUUAAUUGAGAAUCUUACCAUAAUUUUGCUUAUCUUGGGGGAUUCUCAUUUAAAAACAGCUAUGUAUUUUUUUCUUCAAAAUUUCUCUUUCUUAGAAAUUGCACUCACAACGGCCUGUGUCCCCACAUACCUGUACAUCAUAUCAAGUGGGAACAAAGCCAUCAGUAUCAAAGCCUGCUUCAGCCAAAUAUUUUUUAUUGUCCUCUUUGGAGCUGCAGAAUAUUUUCUGUUGGCUGUGAUGUCCUAUGACCGCUAUGUGGCCAUCUGCAAACCCCUGCAUUAUGUGACCAUCAUGAACAGCAGAGUCUGCAGGAACCUCAUCCUCAGUUGUUGGGUAUCUGGCUUAUUGAUCAUCCUUCCACCCCUUGGUUUGAGCCUUAAUCUGGAAUUCUGUGACUCUGUUAUUGACCAUUUUUUCUGUGAUGCUUUUCCAAUACUGAAGAAUUCAUGCUCAGAUACAUGGUUCAUAGAGCAGCUGGUUAUAUUUGGUGGUGUUUUAACCUUCCUAAUGACCCUAGUGUGUGUAGUUCUGUCCUAUAUUUACAUCGUUAGGAUGGUUCUAAGAUUACCCUCAGCCCAGCAAAUGAAAAAAGCCUUUUCCACUUGUUCUUCUCAUAUGAUUGUAGCUUCCAUCGCAUAUGGCAGCUGCAUUUUUGUAUAUAUCAAACCUUCAGCUAAAGAUGAGCUGGCCAUUAAUAAUAAGCAGGUUUCUGUGCUCAUUGUGUCUGUUGUCCCUUUGUUGAACCCCUUCAUUUAUACCCUGAGAAAUAAACAAGUGAAGCAGUCAUUCCACGACACCCUCAAAAGACUUGUGCUUCUUCCAAAGAAAUUUUAG